UCGAUAGUCUACGGAAGGUCCGAUCCUUGGACACUUUCUUAUAAAUGAAGGUUGGCCGCUGUCUCGUUUCUCAUUUAACGCUCCAUCCCUCGCACUUGGAGGGAUCGAUCUCCACGUGUACGAUCGGACACGCAAAAACAUCUUAUUGGUUCCUCCGUUUCGCUUAAAUGUGUCUGUGCGCCGAAUUCUUAGUGAUAUAUUCAUUAUUUUUCCCCUUCUUUAUUCUCGAACCUCGUACGGGUAACCAAUACUGAAAAACGAGCAAAACAAAUAGUUUAACUCUGGAUCGAGCAAUUUACAAGGAUAUGCCGGGAUAUUGGGCACAAUGCUGAACACAGUGGUUCAGAAAUUGCAAUUCUUGUACAAGCCAUAUGCGUUGGCCAUUGUUUCAGUUGGAUACGUACUUGGAGAGCUAGGUCAUUAUUUAAUUGGUGUCACAAGCAAGGCGACAGCGGAGGAUUUGCACUAUGGUGAUAUUUCCUGCCAAUUAAACUCGACCACGUUAUCGAUCGUAGAACUACCAAUCCAGUGCGAGGUAGCCAAGAAUGAAAGUUUUUGUGUGUCCCUGGAACUGAACGGAUCCCGCUACUGCGAAUGGAACUACAAUGGCCUUGGUCUCGACUAUCAAAUCCUGGCAGGGCCGAGCUUCAUCGCGGUAUUCACCAUCGUUGGCGUUGCUCUGGGCGUUGCAGCUGACAAGUAUAACAGAGUGAGGCUAUUAACCGUUUGCACGUUGAUAUUCAGUAUCGCGAUCAUUCUAAUGGGAGCAGUUAAAGAAUACUGGCAACUAGUCAUUCUACGUAUGGUUUUAGCAGCAGGGGAGGCUGGAUGCAAUCCUUUGGCUACGGGUUUGUUGUCUGACUGGUUUCCAGAGAAACAACGAGGUCUUGUUAUGUCCAUUUUCAAUUGGGGUAUCUAUGGUGGUUACGGUAUUGCAUUUCCUGUUGGUCGUUAUAUUCCGGUAUCGAAUAUUGCAAAUCUGGGUUGGAGGGCAUGCUACUAUGGAGCUGGUAUAAUUGGAUUGAUCAUUGCCGCUCUUACUUUUACGCUUUCUGAACCGGAAAGAAAGACAAUCGGCGAGGAGGAAACAACUGCUAAGGGAAAGAAAAUACCCGUUUGGAAAGUGAUCCUACAACCGAGGAUUAUACUAUUAUGCCUGGCAGCCAGCAUCAGACAUUGCGGUGGUAUGUGUUUUGCCUACAAUUGCGAUCUCUAUUACAGAGAUUACUUCCCCGAUUACGAUCUAGGUUGGUGGCUGUUCGCGGUGACUAUAGUGAUCGGUAGCAUCGGUGUUGUGGUCGGUGGGGUAGUUAGCGAUAAAUUUGUUGCGAAAAUGGGUAUUAGAUCAAGAGUGGCUGUUUUAGCCAUCAGUCAAAUAAUAGCAACACCGUUUGCCUUUGGUUCCGUAUAUUUCAACCCCUUAUGGGCCAUUAUCACUCUUGGAAUUUCUUACUUUUUUGCCGAAAUGUGGUUCGGAAUCGUGUUUGCGGUAGUCGUAGAAAUAGUUCCUCUGCAUCUUAGAUCGACAACUAUUGGUGCCUUCCUGUUCGUCAUGAACAACAUCGGGGGAAAUCUGCCGAUAUUGGUUGAACCAACUAGAAGGGCUAUUGGUUUCCGAGGAUCUCUUUAUAUUUUUUACGCUGGUUUUUAUGGUCUCAGUUCUAUCAUGUUCUUCUUCACUAUGUUCUUGAUGGAUGGAGCCAGUAAGCCGGAAGCAAAAAUGGAAAUUAACAACAAACCAGAAUUCGGAUAUGAUAAUAAGACGUUCACUAAUGAUAAUGGACGAGUGUCGACAUUAGAAUUUCCAAGAUUAUAUCCACAACCACCACAUCGAUUCGAAAAUUCUAGGUUAUAGAAGAACAUAGUUCUGAAUGAUCCGUUGUAAAUAUCCAUUGAUAGAAAUCCUUGUGAAUAAUGUGCAAAAUAAAAUG